AUGACACAGAACGACCAAUCAGGAACUGAUGCAGCAAAGAUUAAGGUGGCUGAAUUCAUCGCCGUUGAUCGGUCUACGUGCAUACCAGCCACCCCACAUUUGAGGGAUUCGCAGCGAGUACAGGACAACAUACAGCGAGCUGAAGCAAUUAUUGGCUAUCAAUUUCGCUCACGCAGAUACAUCGUCGAAGCCUUGACCCCACCGCUGCAACAUUUCAGUGUAGCCGACGGAUACUACAGACUCGCUGUUGUUGGCGACUGCAAGAUGUACGCUGCGAUGGUCGAUUCUUGGUACCUUGGAGGAGCUCCUAGAGCGGAUUGGACCAGGACACGCGAGUCCCUACUAGGCAACGGCAACUUCGCAAAGGUCGCAAAAGAGACAGGCCUUGUUCUAUGCAGACUCCCUGAUGGCUGGUCCUUCUCUGACGGCCAAAGUGCCACGCUUUUAGAGGCUGUUGUCGGCGCCGUCUACUUCGACUCCGGCGAUGACAUGGAAGCUGUGAAGCAAGUCAUGAGAGCUUUAGGAAUUAUUCGAGUGGUUUACCUGGUUCCGCUUCGUUCCGUCACCUCGACAUGCGGCGACUCGCACAAGGCGGCUCCCGGGGUACUCGACGAAGAUGCGCCCGGAUGCCCUUGCCCGGCAGAGGAGCUCACACGUAAGGGCAUCCAGGAUGCGUCUUCGUCGAUGACCCCGGGAGCCCCCUUCACUCAACCCUGCGAUCUCACGAUGCGGACCCAAGUGUCAACCAUCUUGUCCUCAGCCCUGUCAUUACCCCCGUUUGUUUUCUUGUUCCUCUGUAACAAUUGUUGUAUGGUCUCUGGUGACCUCGUUGUGGGCAAGGAUUCCUAUAGAAAUGAAGAUUCCAAAAAGGAAAUGUUCUCAUCGAUCCACAAAGCUUCACGCUCGUUGACAGACAAAGUCUCUGAUAUGUGGAUCCAGCGCCCCGAACUUGAUACUCUCGUCGGAUCGAGCAUCCGAAUUGUGCCUAAGCUUAAGAGCGACUCGUCCUUCCAAUUGUCUCAUUGA